GGAAUUUUUCCUAAAAUAGUUACUAUCUACUGUAGAUAUAAGUUUUUUUUUUAAUUAAAAUAAACCAAUCAUUGUAAUUCUAUCCCGUUUUAAAUAAAUUAUUUGCAAAAAUUAAAAUAAAACCUAAAAAAGGAUAGCAAGGUAACAAUUUCGAAUUUAAAACAUAAAUUGGCGGUAAAAUGGAGCUAUUUUAUUGGCUGUGAAAUGUGAUUGGUAAAAUCUUUGUGUUGACGCAUGCGUAAACUGGUUUCUUGUCGAUUCGUCCGCCUCGCCAUCUCUUAUUUUACUAAAUAGACGCUGCCAUUACGUUACGCCCUCACAGGACAUUUUUGGAGUUAAAAAGGCAUAGGAACAUAAAUUAAAUAAAGAAAACAAAAUAAAAGGUGCAGUAUGACUGCACAAUUUACAGAAGGCACCAUUAAAUUGGAAGAUAAUUCGGAUAAUGUUACUGAGAUACAGUCGUAUUUGGCAGGGUUUCAAAAAGAAAUAGGAGGUGAAGCAAAUAUACAACAAGUUGCAGCUGAAGAAAAUGAAGAUGGAGAAGGUGGGACAUAUUUUGUCGACCAAGCAGGUCAGUAUUACUAUCAAGCAAAAGGAGACAGCCAACCGGUGAUGACGGUUAUGUCUGGAUUGGGUGAACCUUCUGAGGAAGAGGCAGAAGAAUUUAUUAUAAAUCCAGAAAAUGAAGGGGAAGAAGGCGAAGAUGAAGAAGAAAUUUCGGUUCCUGGAGAAAAUAAUCAAAUUGUAAUAAACUCUGGAAAUGCUUAUCAAAGAGUAACUGUUGUCCCUGCAGAUAAUAAUACUGGCGAAUUAAGUUAUGUGCUUAUUGUUCAAGAUUCUGAAAUGAAAGAUGGCGAACAAGAGGAAGGCGACCAAGACAUGGCAGUUUAUGAUUUUGAUGAAGGAGAAGAAGGUGGAAUGAUGGAUUCGGACAAUGAAGACGAUAAAUCGAAAAUCGUAAAAAUCCUACCAAGAAAACCCUCUCAAGUUGUUACGCAAGCUCACAUGUGUAAUUACUGCAAUUACACAAGUCCCAAAAGGUACCUGCUAUCCCGCCACAUGAAAUCUCAUUCGGAAGAAAGGCCUCACAAGUGCAGUGUAUGUGAAAGAGGCUUUAAAACACUUGCCUCUCUUCAAAACCACGUCAACACUCACACUGGUGUCAAACCUCACACCUGCAAGUACUGCGAUGCCGCAUUUACUACUUCAGGUGAACUUGUGCGUCACGUGCGAUAUCGUCAUACGCACGAGAAGCCGCACAAGUGUAACGAGUGCGACUACGCGAGCGUAGAACUGUCCAAGUUGAAGCGUCACAUUCGUUGUCACACCGGCGAAAGACCAUACCAAUGUCCUCACUGUACUUACGCCAGCCCGGACACUUUCAAGUUGAAAAGACACUUGCGCAUCCACACUGGAGAAAAACCGUACGAGUGCGACGUAUGUGGCACCAGAUUUACGCAGUCCAACAGCUUGAAAGCCCACAAACUCACACAUAAUAUUGGCGAUAAACCAAGUUUUCAAUGUGAAUUAUGUCCUACAACUUGUGGCCGUAAAACCGAUCUUAGAAUUCAUGUCCAAAAAUUGCAUACUUCCGACAAACCAUUAAAAUGUAAGAGGUGCGGUAAAAGUUUUCCCGACCGGUACAAUUACAAGCUUCACAAUAAAACUCAUGAAGGCGAGAAAUGCUACAAAUGUGACCUGUGCCCAUAUGCAUCUAUAUCCGCCCGGCACCUGGAGUCGCACAUGCUAAUCCACACCGAUCAAAAGCCGUAUCAGUGCGAACAGUGCGAUCAAUCGUUCCGUCAGAAGCAGCUGCUGAAGCGCCAUCAAAACCUGUAUCACAAUCCCGAGUACAUCCCGCCACCGCCGAAGGAGAAAACGCACGAGUGUCCGGAAUGUUCGCGAGCGUUCCGCCACAAAGGCAACCUGAUCAGACACAUGGCCGCUCACGAUCCCGACCCGACCAUCCAGAGGAAGCAGCUCGAGCUGAAGCUCGGCAGGCAAAAGAAGGUUCAGAUUAUAGACGGGCAGCAGGUGGAGGUUAUGCGCGGUAUAGCAUCCGACGACGAGGAAGAGAUCGACAUGAUGGCGGUCGAGGGCUCCGACGGUCAGCAGUAUGUGGUACUUGAAGUUAUUCAAAUGGCCGAUGGCGAAGAACAAGUCAUGGUUGUGGGGGAGCGAGGAAAUGAUUUGCUUGCCGAUGGUCUUUUACCUGAUAAUGAUCUAAAUGAUGAAGACGUUAUCAAAGCACUACAAUCUGCUAGAAGGGUCCAUAAAGCAGAUGAAGAAGAAUCGGUUGAGGAGGAAGAAGAAGAUAGUAAAGAUGACAUGAAAAAUUGUUUCGGUUUUGAUGAUGAUGAAGAGGAUGAAGACGAAAUUAAAGGGAAACAAACCAUUACGCUUUUAGGGGAUAUUGACUGAAUUUAGUUUAAUUUUUAUCAAUUUUAUUAGUUAUAAAUUAUAACUUAUAUCUAUUUAAUUUCUUUUUUGAGCUAGUACCAUUUUUUCAUUUACCACGUUUUGAAAUUUUUUAUUUAUAUAAAAAUAUCGUUUUUGUAUAUGGUUGUAUAUAUUUUCACUUAUUCCAAUUUUAGCAUUAAUUUUUAAUCUGUUUGUAAAUACUUAAAAGUUAUUUAUGUAACGAUUAAGAGAGUUAAUAAAUAAAAUAUUUU